GUCGCCGUUAACGUCUCGCGCCCUCUGUUUUUAACCGUUGCCCGCGUUAAUUAACGGUCAGGGAGCCGCGAUUUCUAGGGUUCGAGAAGAUCCCCGAAGCUCUCAAUCGACAAAGCGAGUGAGCUGGAGAAGGAUGAGCGAGGCCGCCAAAUCCGGAGACGGAACUGGAGUCGCCGAGGUCGCGGGAAACCCUAAGCGCGAGGGGGACUUUGGGGAUGCCGAGCUGGCCGCGAAGAAGCCGAGGGCCGCCGAGGACGCGGAGGAGAGAGAGGGAGGGCAGGGUCUUCGAGAUCGAAGCGGACGCGGCCGAGGACAAGGGGUCGAGGCACACCAUGGAGGACGCGUGGGUUCUGCUUGAGGAUGCUAGCUUGGGUUCUCCUGGGAAACUGAGAUGUGCACAUUUUGCAAUAUAUGAUGGGCAUGGAGGUCGGCUAGCAGCAGAAUAUGCUCAGAAGAAUUUACAUGCAAAUGUUCUUUCUGCAGGCUUACCACGUGAGUUGAUGGAUGUUAAAGCAGCCAAAAAGGCCAUUCUUGAUGGUUUCCGAAAGACUGAUGAAUCUCUUCUCGAAGAAAGUGCUUCAGGGGGGUGGCUGGAUGGUGCAACAGCUGUAUGUGUUUGGGUAUUAGGACAAAGAGUAUUCAUUGCUAACAUUGGGGAUGCAAAAGCAGUAUUAGCCCGCUCCUCGACUGAAGAUGGUGAUAGUUCUGUAAAGGCCAUUGUUCUGACAAGGGAGCACAAAGCCAUUUACCCUCCGGAGCGUGCUCGCAUCCAAAAGGCUGGAGGGGUUGUGAGUUCCAAUGGCCGAUUACAGGGUCGCAUUGAAGUUUCUAGGGCCUUUGGAGAUCGCCAGUUCAAAAAGGUAGGUGUUGUUGCAACUCCAGAUAUUCAUUCUUUUGAGCUGACAGGGAGAGAGCAGUUCAUCAUUCUUGGUUGUGAUGGCUUAUGGGGGGUAUUUGGAACAAGUGAUGCGGUUGAAUUCGUUCACAAGUUAUUGAAGGAGGGAUUGCUAGUCACGGCCGUUGCCCGUCGUCUGGUAAGGGAAGCUGUUCGUGAGAGGCGUUGCAAAGACAAUUGCACUGCUCUUAUUAUAGUCUUCAGGCCCAAGUAACGUGAAUUGUCUAUCAAGUUGUGGAAUGUUUUAAGUGAGUCAAUCCAUUUAUUAUGGUUAUCAUUUGUCAAACAUCUUCAUGGCAUUAGAGUUCUUAUCUUUGCAAGUGUAUCCGAUCUCUAAUGCCCGUUAGAAACUGAAGCCCUAGGUUUUAGUGUUGUUUGGUUUGUGAGACUUAUACCCUCUUUGUUGUGUGGGCGGGUGUGUCAAGGGGAGGGCAUCCCCGGUAACACUAUGUAUGCGUGUGUUUUGAACAGCAAGGGGUAUCCUGGAUCGAUCGAAGUAAAGUAUCAUUGGAGAAUCAUUGGAAAUUCAGUCUUA